AUGGCGAGGUGUUUUCAUGCAGGUGCCAGUCAAAGUGAGGCUAGAGCAAGUGCUGGCUCGGAGGAGGAUGAAGAAGAGCAGGAUGCAGUGAUUAAAACGCAUGUUAACGAAGAUGGGACCACUUCAAAUUAUUUCGACAAAAGAAAGCUGAAAAUUGCGCCUAGAUCAACCUUGCAAUUCAAAGUGGGUCCGCCUUUUGAGCUUUUCGGUAACUAUUACAGUGUUACGGAGGUCAACACAUGUCGCAGACUCAAGUUUCGAAUUGCGCCUCGUAUCGACAGAGGUUUUGAUUUCAUAGAUGGGAAUUGGGUGGGCUAUAAAAGGAACUACUUCACCCUGGUUUCGGCAUUUGAAACCCCUGGCUGGGAAUUGAAAGACUACUUGAAAGGCACAUUUCAGUUGAACGUUAAUGCGGGUCAUAGAUCGGAAAAUUACAAGAUUAAGUAUUUUGCGAUUAAAAUUCAGGCCAGAAAUGAUGACGAUUUUUCGAAAAUCAAUUUGGUCCAGCACACAGCAAAGAGAGAUAAAGGCCCCCAGUUUAAUCCGGCAACUUAUCCGUUAAUUCCAGCACCAUUGCCAAAACAUCAAAUAAUAAGAGAAGCGUCUAAUGUGAGGAAUACAGCCAAGAUGCAAAAAUAUGAUUCGACCUUCUUUUUCCAUAGGAACCAGGAAGAUCAAUCCCAGUAUUCAAAGAAUAGUUUACUGAGAACAUAUCCUAAUGAUCCUGUUCAAAAAGUUGCAAGGUACGAAAGAGUUCAAUUUUCAUCAGCAGUCAAUAAUAGAAAGUCAACGCAACAAAGUAGACAUUAUAGGUUGCACGUGGUUCUUGGAGCUGUUAUUCAUUAUGAGGGCUCUUAUCUCGAAAAUUUUGGUAAAGAUAGUUCACCAAAUUUGUCGAUAAGUGAAGAAGUGUUCCUGUUAGAUGGAACAAAACAAGGAUUUGUUCCUUUACAAGAGAUGAGAACGCCUUCCUUGAUAAUAAGGGGAAGAUCAGCUUCUAAUUAUUGUUCUUCACAAAAACCUACAACGAGUCCUAAAUUGUCAUGUGCAGGUACCAUUUCGGGUACUGUUUCCCGGAGAGAAUCCAGUAAUAUACCUGUAACGUAUUCUCAAACACCUCCGUUGGAUACAACAGUACUGUGCUCGUCUCCUAUCAAGGUCAAAAGUAAUCGACCAGCAAAUAGAAAAUCUAACGUCAUUGGUGCCGUAACUUCGUCAGUAAAUCGUGUAAAUGAAAAUGAUGAUGUGAUUCUCAGAAAAAACAAAAGAGUGCAGACACUUGAAGAGAUAGAAAAAAGUCUUAAACUUCCAUUAAAUCUUCAAUCUAAAAAUGACGAGAAUAAAUCAAGUUCUCAAAUUUCUUCACUAACACGUCCAGCACUUAUUUCAAGGCAUAGUUCAAUAGAUCCACGAGAAAUUGAGUUAAAACCUUCACCAAUUAAGAGAAGCCGUUGUUACAGUAGCGAUUUUGGCGAUCUUGAUGAAAGCCGUUUUACAACGGGAUCACUUGCAUUAACAGCUACUUUAAGAUCGCAAAAUUUGAAUAGUUUUAGCAAAAGAAGAAUGAAUCAGAAUGUUCUUAACCCUGAAAGCUCGCCAGAAACCUCAUACAAAUCACCUCCAGAAAAAUCGAAAACUUCGACUCCCUAUAAACCAAAACAAAACUGCCAAGUAGAUCGUAAGUCUGACCGCGAUGAUUCGAAUAAUUUCGGGGACUCAUCUGGCACAGGAAUGGAUUCCCUUUCGAUUCCAAUUCUCGAUGAUUCAACAUCAAAUUACAACCACGUAGCAAAUAUUGAUAGCAUUCACUUGGAAGUUGAUGCAAUACCUAGAAGUUUCACCAAGGUAAUUGGAGAAAAUUCUUUCACCAACCUCUAUCGUCAAAUGGAACAAACGACUCGUGAAACUUUUAUGGCGAGACAAACCGAAGAAAAUAUUGUCUCAGUUAUAAAUACACUUCCUUCUCAAAUGAUGGCUGUUGAAGAGUUUUAUGAAGAACUUGGGUUUUAUAAGCAAUAA